AUGACAACUCCCGCAUCAGGGAAGAAAAAACAAGCCUCCCUAACGAGCUUCUUCUCGCCGAAAUCUACCACCCCAUCCAGCAGCCAAUCCCAGAGACCCAAGCACCCGCCGACCUCUAGUCCGCUCCGACCCUCCGAGCCGCUACCGGCGAGGAAGAGACCGCUCGAAGAGGAUGCCGAUAAGGGCAACAACGGAUCCGGAGCUUCGAAGAGGCAGAGGCCCGCCAAACCGGCUGCUCCGGUGAUAGAUGAGGAUGUGCCAGCGGAAGACCUCGAGAAUAACAAGCCGAGAUCGUCGCCGAGGACUGAUUAUUAUCUCUUCGGAUCGAGCCAAGAUGGACUAGACGUCAGCCCCGAAGUUGUGCGUCGGCGGGAGGACCUACAUAGGAAAUUCGUGAAGAAGUUGGGACAUCCAGACAGUCUGGUUUCUCUGCGCCGUCUUGUAUCAGAUCAGGAUGCAAUAGUCGCGGGUGAAGAUGGCGGCGAUGAUGACGCCGAAGAAGAGGAAGCACCACCACCUCCGCCGAAGGGUAGGAAGACUGCCAAAGGUGGAAAGGCGAAUAAAUUGACACCAAUGGAGAUCCAGUUCCUGGACAUAAAGAGGAAGCACAUGGACACCGUUCUCAUUAUGGAGGUCGGAUACAAGUUUCGUUUCUUGGGAGAGGAUGCUCGCAUUGCGGCCAAAGAGCUUAGCAUUGUCUGUAUACCCGGGAAAUUCCGAUACGAUGAGCACCCCUCCGAGGCCCAUCUCGACCGAUUCGCGUCCGCGAGCAUCCCCGUUCAUCGCCUACCCGUCCACGCCAAGCGCCUCGUCGCCGCAGGCUACAAAGUCGGAGUCGUCCGGCAGGUGGAAACCGCCGCGCUAAAGAAAGCUGGGGACAAUCGAAACACCCCCUUUAUCCGGAAACUCACCAACGUCUACACAAAAGGAACCUACGUCGACGAGAUCGGCGAGCUCGACCAGUCUACCACUGGAGCGCCGUCGGGUGGCUACCUCCUUUGCAUCACGGAAACUCCCAGCAAAGGUGGCGGUACCGACGAAAAGGUUGACGUGGGCAUCCUCGCCGUCCAGCCUGCUACGGGCGACAUUAUAUAUGACAGCUUCGAAGAUGGCUUCAUGCGCAGCGAGAUUGAGACGAGGCUCUUGCAUAUUUCCCCCUGCGAGUUCCUCAUCGUCGGCGACCUCACCCGAGGCACGGACAAACUUAUCAAACACCUUUCCGGCUCGAGCACAAACGUCUUCGGGGACAGGAGUCGAGUCGAGCGGGUGGGAAGGUCCAAGACCAUGCCUGCCGAGUCACACUCGCAUGUUACUCAAUUCUACGCCGACAAGCUGAAGCAGGGUAUGGGUGACGACGAUCGAGCAGGCGCCUUGCUCGAUAAGGUCCUCCACCUUCCCGAACAAGUCACGAUUUGUCUCUCUGCCAUGAUCACGCACCUGACGGAGUACGGCCUCGAGCACAUCUUCGACCUGACCAAGUACUUCCAGAGCUUCAGCACACGCUCGCAUAUGCUCAUCAAUGGUACCACGUUGGAGAGUCUUGAAGUCUACCGUAAUGCGACCGAUUAUUCGGAGAAGAGCAGCUUGUUCUGGGCUCUCGACAAGACGCACACGCGUUUCGGCCAACGAUUAUUGAAGAAGUGGGUUGGCCGACCUCUUCUCGACAAGGAGAGACUAGAGGAACGAGUUGAAGCCGUAGAGGAGCUCCUCGAGAACCAGUCCACUGCCAACGUCGAUCAGCUCGAGAAUCUCCUCGCCCAUACCAAGACCGACCUAGAGCGUAGUCUAAUCCGUAUCUACUACGGGAAAUGCACCCGCCCCGAGUUGCUCUCCGUCCUCCAGACCCUGCAAAGGAUAGCGACGCACUACGCUCAGGUCAAGACCCCCGCCGACACAGGAUUCCACUCCCGUCUUCUCGGCGAUGCCAUCUGCUCCCUCCCCCUGAUCCUGGACACCGUCAUAUCCUACCUCGACAAGAUCAACCCCGAAGGCGCGCGCAAGGACGAUAAGAUCAACUUCUUCCGCGAAGAGGAGCAAACGGAGGCCAUUCAAGACCACCUAAUCGGCAUCGCCUCUGUCGAGCAGGAACUCGACAACCACAAAAAAGUCGCCACGGAAAAGCUCGGCUGGAAGAUCCCCGUGAAAUACGCAACAGUCGCCGGCAUCGAGUACCUCAUCGAGGUGAGCAACUCCGACAUCAAACGCGUACCCGCUUCGUGGAUGAAGAUUAGCGGUACGAAGAAGCUCUCGCGCUUCCACACGCCGGAAGUCGUGCGUCUGAUGAGCGAGCGAGAUAGACACAAGGAGGCGUUGGCCGCCGCGUGCGAUGACGCCUUCAAGGAUCUUCUGUCCUCCAUCUCCGCAGACUACCAACCCCUCCGCGACGCCGUAUCCUCCCUCGCGACCCUCGACUGCCUCAUGUCCCUCUCCAAAGUCGCCUCCCUACCAGGCUACUCCAAGCCCACCUUCCUCCCCUCCGACUCCCCGCCCACAAUCUCCAUCAAGGACGGCCGCCACCCCAUCGCAGAACACACCCUCCCCCACGGCUACAUCCCCUUCACAUCCACUCUCUCCUCCCCCUCCCCGCUAGCCUACCUCAUCACGGGACCCAACAUGGGCGGGAAAUCCUCCUUCGUCCGCGCUGUAGCCCUCCUCGUCCUCCUCGCCCAAAUCGGCUCCUUCGUCCCCGCCACUUCCCUCUCCCUCACCCUCUGCGACGCCAUCCACACCCGCAUGGGAGCCCGUGACAACCUCUUCGCGGGAGAAUCGACAUUCAUGGUCGAGGUCAGCGAGACCUCUCGCAUCCUCCGCUCCGCCACGCCCCGUAGCCUCGUCAUCCUCGACGAGCUAGGCCGCGGUACAUCCACGCACGACGGCGCCGCCAUCGCACACGCCGUCCUCGAACACGUCGCGCGCGAAACGAAGUGCCUCACCCUCUUCAUCACGCACUACCAGAACCUCGCCCGCGUCGCCGACGGCCUCGGGGGCGGCCUCGUCAAAAACGUCCACAUGCGCUUCCAGGCUACCACCGCCCGCCAAGACGACAACCAGCUUUCCUCUUCCUCGCCCGCUGAAGCCGCCGCCGCACAGGACGGCGACGCCGACCCCGCCGACGAGGAAAUCACCUUCCUCUACGAAGUAACAGAAGGCGUCGCACACCGCUCCUACGGCCUAAACGUCGCCCGUCUUGCGCGCAUCCCUCGUCCCAUCAUCGACCUCGCCGCCUGCAAGUCGCGCGAGAUGGAGGCCGACGUGCGCGCGAGGCGUCUUCGCGCUGCGUCUUCCCUUUUGCAGAAGCUCCUUGGGCCGGGGCUGUCUGGCGAGGAGGGUUCUUCGGAGAACAUGGAGCAGCUCGUGUCGUGUAUCGAGCAGCUGUAG